AUGGGUUCUACAGGUUUCAAAAGCUCCCUGACCAUGACUUUCAUCGGUACAGCAACUGCUAUCCUGGAUGUCAACGGUGUUAGAUUCUUGACCGACCCUUUCUUCUCGCCUGCCGGGACUGAAUUCGAUAUUGGUCUCGCGGUCCUUAAGAACGAGGAAAGCCCAGCCCUCCGUCUUCAGGAUCUACCACCAAUCGAUGCUAUUCUCCUAAGUCAUGAAGAUCAUCCCGAUAAUUUGGAUACCCUUGGACGUCAAUUGUUGAAUGGCCGCCAUGUAUUGACAACAAUGGAUGGCGCAUCGAAGCUUGCUCCUCGUCCUGCCGUCCGCGGCCUUGAACCUUGGGAAACCGUGACCUUGUCCCUCGGAGGGAAGAUCUUUGAAAUCACUAGCACCCCAUGCCAACAUCUUCCUGGUGGAGAGUGUACUGGCUUUAUCAUCACGACGGAGGAAUUUGGAAUUGGGGAAAACGGUCUCCCUAACGCGAUUUACUUCUCUGGGGAUACUGUAUACCUUGAGGAAUUCAAGAGAAUCCCUGAGAAAUGGAAUAUUACCGCUGCGAUUCUCAACUUCGGCAAUGCAACCCCUGUGCUUCCAGAUGGGCCCGUGCAGAUCACCUUUGAUGGCAAGCAAGGCGCACAUAUGUUCCGUGUUCUCAAGGCAGAUGUUCUCAUUCCUAUGCAUUUCGAUGCAUGGGGCCACUUUGAGCAAAAGGGCGUUGAACUUAGGUCGAUUCUCAUCGAGGAGGGGAUCAAUGACAUGGUGCAGUGGCUUGAGCCCGGAAAGCCCCAAAGGAUUUUGUGA